AUGAAUCCAAUAAAUCCAAACACUUUAUUUGGUGGUAGAUGGUAUGAAAUAGUUGACAGUUUUCCAUUCUACACUAAUACGCAGUCAAUGAAGAUGGGAGGUUCAAAGAAAAUAGGUAUUGAAAACCUUCCUUCACAUAUGCAUAGGUUCAGUGGAAGAACAUCUGUGGAAGGAAACCAUUCACAUUCAAUAACAAAAAGAGGUUAUAUAAAUCUUGCAGCGGGUUCGAAUAGACAGGGAAUGAACAGAUAUGAUAUCUCAGAUGACCCCAAAGAUGUUAGCACAGGUAUUUUCUGUGGAACUGCAGGAAAUCAUACACAUGUUGUAGCUGGUAUUACAGACCCAGCAGGUAAUGGAAAAGAUUAUAUGCCUCCUUAUAUAACAAUGCACGCUUGGAUACGAGUUGGUUAA